AUGGCGCGAAACGUGCUUGCGGCGGGCGCGAAGACUUUGGCCGUGUCCACCAUUUAUAGGGUAGGGGUGGGGGGUUGUAUCUGGCUCUCUUUCUCGCCGCGUUCCAAAUCGCUUCCCGUCCCGCUCUCGCCGCGAACAGCGCACGGUGCUUGCGCGCACAUUCAUUUUCGAACGCUGAGCGCUAGAUGGCGUAGCGGUGGCGACUUAGCGCGUAAAAGUUUCGCGCCCGCUCGCAAG